AUGAAGCAAUAUUUCAGAUGGCUGGAGCUGCCCGCCAGAGAGGAUAUCUAUACAGACCGGGGUACCACCAAAUGGGGCAACCAUGAUCUGUACCCCAUCGUCCCCAAGGAACGUACCUACGGGAGAGGAGCCUUCCUCGUCUACUGGGUCACCUGCGCCGCUGGCUUGUCGACGUUCGCCAUCGGGAGUUCAUACAUUGCUGUUGGAUUGACUGCUGGCGAGGCCUGCGGAGCAAUCAUCAUCGGAUCCUCUAUCGCCAGCUUGAAUGCCUUGCUCUGCGGCCGCCCAGGUGCUGAAAAGCACCUGGGAUACACAAUGAUGGCCCGGGCUUCAUUCGGCCUUCGCGGCAUGUGGUUGCCUCUGUUCUUCCAGCUGAUGAGUAACAUGGUCUUUUUCGGUCUCCAAGCCGUCUACGGUGGUCAGGCCAUCGGUCUCAUGAUCGGCUCCAUCUUCCCCCAAUGGAAGAGCCUUCACAACACUCUUCCUGAGAGCUCCGGGACUACCACGAAAGACCUUGUCGGCUUCUUCCUCUAUAUCAUUUUGUACCUGCCAGUUGUGAUCUGGAUCAAGCCACACAAGCUGGAACCCUUCAUGUGGCCUGUCUUUGUUGGAAUCGUCGGAACCGUCUUUGGCAUCAUGGGUUGGGCUGUUGCCACCAACGGUGGCUCAGCUGGCAAUCUGGUCGCCCCGGCCAUUGCCGUUUCAACUUCCACCCGUGCAUUCAGGUUCUUUCAGUGCAUCAGCAGUGUUGCCGGUACGUACGGUGGUGCUGCAGAUAGAUUUUCCGACUGGACUCGAUUCUCCAAAAGGAGAAACGACUACCUCAUUGGAGCUUCGACUGCGCUACCCGUCUGCAUCACCAUCUGUGGGUUGUUGGGUAUUUUGACCGCGAGUGCCACUCGAAGCCACUACGGCACAGCCAUGUGGCAGCCACUGGACAUCCUGACCUACGCGCAAACGAACUACUACACCUCCGGCGGCCGUGCGUUGACCUUCUUUGCCGGCCUGGCCAUCUGGUCUCACCAGGUCUUUGUCAACGUCACGCAGAACAAUGUAGGAGCCGGAAUGGACUUGGCGGGCAUCUUCCCCAGAUACAUAUCGACCCAGCGCGGUGCCAUCAUCCUCACCGCCUUCGGCAUCAUUGUUCAACCCUGGCGAUUCUUCACACAGGCUACGAUAUUUCUCUCAGUCAUCUCCAGCUUUGGUGUCUUUACUUCAGUGUGCACCGCCGUUCUCGUCCUCGACUACUGGUACACUCGCAAGAGAAUGUGGAAAAUCCCUGACCUGUUUGUGGGCAACAACAGCUCCAUCUACUGGUACUUUCACGGCAUCAACGUGCGUGCCUGGGUCGUCUAUAUUGUCACCGUCAUCCCAUCGCUGCCCGGCCUUGUCCUGAGUAUCAUGGGUCGUACCACCGGUGGCGCCGUCAAGAUUUACCAGCUCACCUACAUAAUAGGCUUUUUCCUGGGCGCCAUCCUAUUUCUGGUGAUCAACAAAUUCUUCCCCCCGCCUGGACUCGGCAUUGAACAAGAGUUUGAUGGCACGCUUGAUGAAGUCGUUGAGGGCGUUGUCGUCUCCUCAGAAGAUGGCGCCACCGAGACUACUUCCAAAGAGCCCACUAUCACCGACAAACGCGUUUUGGAGGAAAAGGUUUGA